AUGGCUGGCACUGUCUCCGAUGUCCGCCAGAUCAGCGGCUCGGACCUAAUCUCAGCUCUUCACCUUGCCCAACAAGCACCUGCAAUUAUUGGACAUGAAUCUGGUGCCGGGGCAUCUUCAUCCAAGGACACCGCAGAUUACUAUGCGAGGAUAGAACAACUCAUGCUGGCUUGUCUCCGAACUGGAGAUGACCAGUCAGCACAGACGUGUUUGAAUCGGCUCAGUCUUCGAUUUGGACCCUCCAAUGAAAGGAUCAUGGGACUUCGAGGCCUGUACGAGGAGGCAACUGCCAAGGAUCAGUCGGCACUAGAGAAAUGCCUACAAGAAUACGAGAAUAUUCUGUCCCAGAGUCCGGUGAAUGUGCCUAUCCUGAAGCGCCGAGUAGCGUUGCUGCGCUCACUGAACCGACCGACCGAUGCGAUCUCUGCUCUGAUUCAACUCCUUGAUGCGAUACCUACGGACGCCGAAGCCUGGUGUGAGCUAGCGGAUCUGUACCAGUCACAGGGGUUGGGUUCCCAAGCCAUUUUUAGCCUUGAAGAGGCUCUGCUUAUUGCGCCCAACUCUUGGAAUAUCCAUUCACGCCUAGGUGAGCUGUUAUACAUCUUUGCCACGGAUGGAGAUGCAAAACUCCUUGGAAGGUCAAUUCAACAUUUCAGUCGAAGUAUUGAACUUUGUGAUGAUUACCUACGAGGUUUUUAUGGGUUAACUCUGGCCUCAACUCGAAUGCUUGACAGGGGUUAUACAUUACCAGGGCAACCCAACAAAACCCUAGAACGGUUAAGGAAAUUUGCGCUUCACAAGUUGGGCGAGAUUGUAAAGUCACGAUCCGUUGAUGACCAACAUUGGGCAUCAAGUCGAAGUGAACUGAUUGCAGCUAAGGAGUUGUUGAAUCGAUUUGAAUAA